GUCGACUUGUUGUUGUCAAUAGAAAUGUCUCCACCGGAGAAUUUCGACGAGAAAAACUCGGAGGAGGAAGACGAAGAAAAUCUGAAAUCUCUUACCUUCAAUCUUUUGACGAGAUCUUCGGUCUAUGCUGUGUCUCAAUUAGUCGUCUCCAUCGGCUGUGGUCGUAAAAUUCUUUGGUUUCUGGUCCUUCUGAUCGGUCUAGUGGGGUGCUCUUACGAAAUUUAUCAUUUCCUGACGCUGUACUUUCAGUACCCUGUGGUAAUCACUUUAGAAAUCGAAAAUAGUUGGAAACUCUAUUUUCCUGCUGUUACAUUCUGUAAUCUGAAUAGAGAACCUUCUGAGUAUCACAAGUGCCUUUUUCGAGGCAAAACAGUCGAAGAGUGCGUUGAAGAAAUCUGUGAUCCAACAAAAAACUUAGAACGUAUAUCGAAUAAUGCAAUGGAAGAUCGAAACUCCUGUUCGUAUCACUUUGAUGGAUUAUUGAAAUCAACUGAUUUGUUUUCUUUUAAUUCGAGUACUGAUGAGGAUGAAAUUCCCUCUUUCGUCAUCAGUUGUGCUUUUAACGGAGUUCCCUGUACCCACAAAAAUUUUUCAAAGUUUUUAAGCUUUGAAUUCGGCAACUGCUUCACAUUUAAUCAAAAAGAGGAUCGUGGAACGCAAGUGUUGCAGACACCUUACAUUGGACCCAACAGUGGUCUUGAUGUGAUGUUGAAAUUAGACUUCGAUGCCCACUCCCCUCUGACGAUGUACACCGGAGCACGAGUCGUCAUUCACGAGGCUAACGAGCAGCCUGAUCCAAAAUCAUCAGGUUUUAAUAUAAGUCCCGGGUUCGAAACUUCCGUAUCAGUUCAGCAGGUUUUGCAAUCUAGGUUAGCUGAACCAUACAGAGAUCGUUGCCAUGAGUAUGAAGAAGGAAUUGACGGGAUUAUCCUGGAUCAGAAAGGCUGCUUCCAAAUGUGCCAGCAAAAAGAAAACAUACAUCAAUGUGCAUGUGCUGAUCCUCUGUUACCUCAGAUGUCUUCAUGGAAAGUGUGCGACAUUAAAAAUGAAACAAUAGUUUGUUGUUUGAACCAUGUUAAAGAGUCUUCAAGAUUUGACAUUUCUGCCUGUUCUUGCCCUUUACCUUGCAGGUCUACUUCUUUUGAUGUGAUGAUCUCAACGGCCAAAUGGCCAGCUGAAAACUAUAAGAACGAGUUCAUGAAAGCCCAAGUUAAACCAACAAAGCCUUUCUGCCUGAAUUACUUCAAGAACGAUACAGAAUAUCAGAGACAGGAUCAUCAAAGUCUCAGCUCUCUUAGCACAGCUAAGCUCAAAGUCUUCUACAGAAAUCUUCAAAAAACAACUUACAAACAGGAGCCAAUGUUUCAAGACUCGGAACUUUUUAGCCAACUUGGCGGUCAAAUGGGGCUGUGGUUGGGAAUUUCUAUUGUCGCUCUAUUUGAGUGCAUAGAAAAUGUUUCUCACCUAUUACACUAUUGCAUCAAGAAGACAGUCAAGAAGAGUUCUGAAAUGAAAAGCACGAAAAAAUAUGACUUACCUAACACCUCUUAUCUAUAAAAGCCAUAUAUCUCUUAACUAUUAAAAUGCUGUUAAAAAAAUAUUUGAUCCUAUUUACGUCAAAAUAUUCUGUAAAAAGG